AUGGCAUUGAAAUCAGCAAUCUCAGUCACAUUCUUGUGCUUAGUCUUGUUAACACUGGCAAAUGGUUCAUAUGCUGGGAAAAUUACUGUCUACUGGGGCCAAAAUGGCAACGAGGGCACGCUGGCUGAGGCUUGUGCCACAGGGAACUAUGAUUAUGUGAUCAUAGCCUUUUUGCCAACCUUUGGCAAUGGCCAAACUCCAAUGAUUAAUCUUGCUGGUCACUGUGACCCUUCAUAUGGUAAUGGAUGCACUGGAUUAAGCUCAGACAUAAAAUCUUGUCAAGCCAAAGGCAUCAAGGUAUUGCUAUCUUUAAGAGCAGAUGUUGGAAGCCACACAAUUGAUGCAAGUGAAGUAGCCACUUAUCUUUGGAACAACUUCUUGGGGGGACAAUCACCGACUCGCCCUCUUGGCCCUGCUGUUCUUGAUGGCAUUGAUUUUGACAUUGAAGGUGGAUCAAACCAACACUGGGGUCAUCUUGCUAGGUUCCUCAAAGGGUAUGGAAAACAAGUGUACAUAACUGCAGCACCUCAGUGCCCAUUUCCUGAUGCUUGGAUUGGAAAUGCUCUCACAACAGGCCUUUUUGACUAUGUUUGGGUCCAAUUCUACAACAACCCUCCUUGCCAAUACACUUCUGGUGAAAUCAGUAACCUUGAAUAUGCAUGGAAACAGUGGAUAUCAGGUAUCCCUGCCAACAAGAUAUUCUUGGGGUUACCGGCUUCACCACAGGCUGCAGGAAGGGGCUUCCUUCCUGCUUCUGAUUUUACCUCCAAAGUUCUUCCAGCCAUUAAGGGUUCUGCUAAAUAUGGAGGUGUUAUGCUGUGGUCUAGGUAUUAUGAUGUUCAGAGUGGUUACAGUUCUUCUAUUAAGAGCUAUGUUUGA